GGUCGUCGGUCGACGACUAUCAUGCCUUGCUUAAGCGGUGCUUGUUCCUAUUCCCAAUUGUACAAUACAAUUCAUUCCACUUCCAAAAUAAUCAUACACAGAUGCUUAGAAGACAUUUGAACCGCCAGUUACUUGAAUAUAUCACAUUCAAACACGAACUUUCUUCACCUCACCUUUUUCGAUGUCCACGGUUUUUCGCUCAGGCUUCAUAUCUUUUUCAAUAUUUGCCUUCAACACAACGAGCCUUUCCUUGGACACUGCAGGGUGCGCACGGGCAUUAGAGGCUUCAGCAAUGUUGGGCUCGGCAGUGGUAGCAUUUGCAACGGCGGGCUGGGGAGUCGUAGUGGCAGUGUUUUCUGCAAGUUGAACGACAGUGGUAGAGGUGGUCUCUGUUUGAAUACCAAUUUUGCCGUUGUUGCUGUCAACGUGGGUUUCCGCCUACGGAUUAACAGGAUCGGGGGGAGUAGUCGUACUAGUUUUUGCCCAGUUUACGGAACGAUUCAAGUUGAGCACAUUACAAUGCUUGCUUCCUCUAGUACCUACUCCUUCGUCCUUAUAUCUGCAUGUUGAGUCACGCAGGGUCUUCACCGUUCUGCGACAACGAUAGGG